AAGUCUACAAGUAGGAUGGACAGUUAUUUUAAAGCAGCAGUCAGUGACUUGGAUAAACUCCUCGAUGAUUUUGAACAGAAUCCAGAUGAACAAGAUUAUCUCCAAGAUGCACAAAAUUCAUAUGAUUGUAACCGCUAUUCAGUCUCUUCAGAGUUGGCUUCCUCACAGCUAACUUCACUGCUACCAAAGGAUCAACAAUGCAUUAAUUGUUGUGCCUCAUCAGAAACAGGCUAUGAAACAAAUCAAAUUGCCCUGAAUGAAAAAACACUUGAGGGACUAACUUCUAUACAAAAUGAAAAAAAUGUAACAGGACUUGAUCUCCUUUCUUCUGUGGAUGGUGGCACUUCAGAUGAAAUCCAGCCUCUAUAUAUGGGACGAUGUAGUAAACCUGUCUGUGAUCUGAUAAGUGACAUGGGUAACUUAGUUCACGUAACUAAUAGUGAAGAAGAUAUUAAAAAAUUAUUGCCAGAUGAUUUUAAGUCUAGUGCAGAUUCCUUGAUCGGAUUGGAUUUAUCUUCAGUGUCAGAAACUUUCUGUAUUUCUUCAACAGACCAUGGUAAUAAUAGAGUCAGAGAGGAACAGAAUGAUGUCAGUUCUGAAUUACAAAACAGAGAAAUCAGUGGAACUAAAGAAUUUGGUAUAAAAGUAGAUACGACACUUUCAGAUUCGUGUAAUUACAGUGGAAAAGAAAAUUUAGAGGAUAAAAAGAUCUCUAAUCAGUUAGAACCAGUUGUUGAUUUUAACAUGCCAUCUGCUUUGACUCAACAAAGUUCCAAAAUGUUUGAUGCCAAAGACCACGUACAGUACAAGAACCAGCCAUGUGAAUUAGUAAAAGCUGAUGGCUGUUUGGUAAAAGAGGAGGUAGAUGUGCCAGUCAUAGCUGCCCCAGAAUGUUUAAAAGAAGGAGGCAGCACAAGUGCUUUGUCUUGCAGUCUUCCAAAAAAUGGAGGUUCAUGCUUAAAUGAUUCAAAUUUAAGAGAUGAAAAUUUCAAGUUACCUGACUUUUCCUUUCAGGAAGGUAGGACUGCUAUAUUUAUAAAACAAUCUGCAAAAGAAGACUCAAGAAAUUUAGAUCUUAAAGAUAAUAAAGAUGAAAUCCAAGAUUCUGCUUCAACUUUACAUGUUUCAAGUGAAAAUACAUAUUCCUCGUUGUCCUGUCUUCCAGUACCUGGGUCUUUGUGUGGAUCAUUAAUUGAAAAUAAAGCUCAUGGUGAUUGUUUACCCCAGAAUGAAUAUAAAGAUAAUAUAAAAGAUGCAGUGACUGUGCAUGAAGAAAUACAGAAGAAUAUGACUUCAGGUGGGGAACCUUUGAAGGAGACUGAUCUUUUGAAACAGGAAAAAUGUAAAAACGUACCUCAUCAGCCAUUAAUUGAAAAGAUGGGAGAUAGAAAGGCAGAUUCUAACCAGAUGGUAGUUAGAGUUGAGUCUUUGGAUUACCCUGAUAACACCAGUUUUUCUACAGCUGCAGAAUCUCAAAUAGAGCUUUCUGGUGCUAAUGCCCCAGAAUCUCCUGAUUGUUGUGAAGGUUUCACUUUUUCAAGCAAUGAUAUCAGUGGACAAGAUUUGGAUUACUUUAAUAUUGAUGAAGGCAUGAAAAGUGGUGCACCAGUUAGUGAUGCUGAACUUGAUGCCUUUCUAACUGAACAGUAUCUUCAGCCUAGUAACAUAAAACCAUUUGAAGAAAAGGUAAAUGACUCAAAAUCUCAGAUGAAUCAGAUAGAGGUGAAAGGCCCAGAUGAUGGAAAUGUCGAUAAUAUAUAUUGCAAUGCUGAAGCAGAAGCUACUGGGGAAAGUCCUGGUAUUAAUAUGAUUUGCGAAACGGUUGAUAAACAGAAUACAACAGAAAAUGGUAGCCUUUCUUUAGGGGAGAAAAGUACAAUUCCAGUUGAACAAGUGUUAUCUAGCAGUAAGUCUGAGAUUACAAAUGAAUUAUCAGUCUCUGAUAGUAACAGUCAAUCUGUUCACGUUGGAGGCGCCAGACCUAAGCAACUGUUUAGUGUUCCAUCAAGAACAAGGAGUUCAAAGGAACCAAAUAAGCUGGAUGUUCCAAAUAUGCCUGAAAGUGAACCCAGAAUAGCAAAUACCAUUGUUCCAACCACCUGUGCUACAGAUUCUGUGACUGAUCCUCAGGUUAGCUUCAAUUCUAAUUACAUUGAUAUAGAAAGUAAUUUUGAAGGUGGAUCCAGUUUUGUAAAUGCAAAUGAAGAAUCUCUGCCUGCAAACACUUGCAAAGAAGGCCUUGUUUUGGGCCGGAAACAACCUACUUGGGUUCCUGAUUCAGAAGCUCCAAAUUGUAUGAACUGCCAACUCAAAUUUACUUUUACAAAACGGCGACAUCACUGCCGAGCAUGUGGAAAAGUAUUUUGCGGUGUCUGUUGUAAUAGGAAGUGUAAAUUGCAGUAUCUAGAAAAGGAAGCAAGAGUAUGUGUAGUCUGCUAUGAGACUAUUAGUAAAGCUCAGGCAUUUGAAAGGAUGAUGAGUCCAACUGGUUCUAAUCUUAAAUCUAAUCAUUCUGAUGAAUGUGCCACCAUCCAACCUCUUCAGGAGACUCAAACAUCCAGUAUAUCUUCACCUACAACUUUACCAAUCUCAGCACUUAAACAACCAAGUGUUGAAGGAUUAUGCUCCAAAGAACAGAAGAGAGUAUGGUUUGCAGAUGGUAUAUUGCCCAAUGGCGAAGUUGCAGAUACAACAAAAUUAUCAUCUGGAAGUAAAAGAUGUUCUGAAGACUUUAGUCCUCUCUUACCUGAUGUGCCACUGAUGAUAAACACAGUGGAUCAUGCCCAUUCUACUACAGUGGAAAAACCAAAUAGUGAGACAGGCGAUAGAAGAAAUGAGAUAAUUCGAAGUCCUAUUUCUCAGGUUCCAUCUGUGGAAAAACUGCCUACAAACACAGGAACUGAGGGGUUGCCUACUUCUGGCUCUUUUACACUAGAUGAUGAUGUUUUUGCAGAAAUUGAGGACCUAUCAAGUCCUACUGGUGUCUUGGUUAACAGUAAUUUACCUGUUGCUAGUAUUUCAGGUUAUAGGUUAUUGUGUGGUAUUGACAAGAAUGUUUGCAAUAAGAUUAGUCUUCUACCUGAUGAUGAGGACAGCUUGCCUCCUCUUCUAGUUGCAUCUGGAGAAAAGGGAUCAGUGCCUGUAAUAGAAGAACACCCAUCUCACGAGCAGAUCAUUUUGCUUCUUGAAGGCGAAGGUUUUUGUCCUGUUACAUUUGUCCUAAAUGCUAAUCUACUUGUGAAUGUCAAGUUAGCAUUUUAUUCCUCAGACAAAUAUUGGUACUUCUCAACCAAUGGAUUGCACGGCUUGGGACAGGCAGAAAUUAUUAUUCUAUUGUUAUGUUUGCCAAGUGAAGAUACUAUUCCUAAGGACAUCUUCAGACUCUUUAUCACCAUUUAUAAGGACGCUCUGAAAGGAAAAUACAUAGAAAACUUGGACUGUAUUACCUUUACUGAGAGUUUUCUCAGCAGCAAGGAUCAUGGAGGAUUUCUAUUUAUUACACCUACUUUUCAGAAACUUGAUGAUCUCCUGUUACCAAGUAAUCCUUUUCUUUGUGGAAUUCUUAUCCAGAAGCUAGAGAUUCCCUGGGCAAAGGUUUUUCCUAUGCGUUUAAUGUUGAGAUUGGGUGCAGAAUAUAAAGCAUAUCCUGCUCCUUUAACAAGUAUCAGAGGCCGAAAACCUCUUUUUGGAGAAAUAGGACACACUAUUAUGAACUUACUUGUUGACCUUCGAAAUUACCAGUAUACCUUGCAUAAUAUAGAUGAGCUACUGAUUCAUAUGGAAGUGGGGAAAAGCUGCAUAAAAAUACCUCGGAAAAAAUACAAUGAUGUAAUGAAAGUAAUAAAUUCUUCUAAUGAGCAUGUCAUUAGCAUUGGAGGUAGUUUUAGUACAGAAGCAGAUUCUCAUCUAGUCUGUAUACAGAAUGAUGGAGUUUAUCAAACACAAGCCAACAGUGCUACUGGCCAUCCUAGAAAAGUGACAGGUGCAAGUUUUGUGGUAUUCAAUGGAGCUCUAAAAGCAUCUUCAGGAUUUCUUGCUAAGUCCAGCAUAGUUGAAGAUGGCUUAAUGGUACAAAUAACUCCAGAGACCAUGGAUGGCUUACGGCUAGCUCUACGAGAACAAAAAGACUUUAAAAUUACAUGUGGGAAAGUUGAUGCUGUAGACAUGAGAGAAUAUGUGGACAUCUGCUGGGUAGAUUCUGAAGAAAAAGGAAACAAAGGUGUUAUUAGUUCAGUGGAUGGAAUAUCAUUACAAGGAUUUCCAAGUGAAAAAAUAAAACUGGAAGCAGAUUUUGAAACUGAUGAGAAGAUUGUAAAGUGUACUGAGGUGUUCUACUUUCUAAAGGACCAGGAUUUAUCUAUUUCAGCAACUCGUUAUCAGUUUGCAAAAGAAAUAGCCAUGGCUUGUAAUGCUGCACUGUGCCCUCACCUGAAAACUCUAAAGAGUAAUGGGAUAAAUAAAAUUGGCCUCAGAGUUUCCAUUGACACUGAUAUGGUUGAAUUUCAGGCAGGAUCUGAAGGCCAACUUCUUCCUCAGCAUUAUCUAAAUGAUCUUGAUAGUGCUCUAAUCCCUGUGAUCCACGGUGGGACCUCCAACUCUACUAGUUUACCAUUAGAAAUAGAAUUAGUAUUUUUUAUUAUUGAAAAUCUUUUUUAG